AUGAGGUAUGAAGACACUUUUGAAAUUGGGUUUGAAUCACAAAUCUUGGCGAUCGUUCCAGUCCUGUUGGUCGGUGAUCAGGUCGUGCGAGUCACCCUUUUCAAGUCUGCAGACGUAACGGCGAUUUUGGACAAACAUGGCGGUCCUCAGCAACAUGUCCUUGAAAGCCGGACGGUUCAAGUUCUCAUCAAAGACCCCAACGUGGACGAGAAAUUUGAGCGGAUUUUGGACUACCCACCCAACGCCAAUAUGGAAGUCCUCAAAGUUGGACUACGGGAAUUUGGUUCUGUGCUGGACCUGCGGGAAGAUCGUUACGCAAGGGCCAUAGCUGGCAUGAUUCCCUGCCUCACUGGCGAAAUUACGGUUCGGAUGCCCUUGAGUGCCACCAUUCCCUCUUACCUUCAAGUUGGGGACUACAAAGUUUAUAAGCGUUACUCCAAACAGCCAAUAACGUGCGGGGAAUGUAACCUGACUGGUCAUAUGGCAACGGCCUGCCCGCAGAAAUUGAUUAAGAUCCCGCCGGCAGCGUCCAAACCUAGCUCCAGGAAGGGUCCUAUGGCCCCCAAGGUGGUCACAAAAACUCUGGCGAGAGAAAUUGUGCCGUGGUACCUGAUCGCCAUUCACACUGAUCCUGACGAAGAUGUCGAUGAAGAAAAACAGGUGGGCAUGCUGAUCACUCUUCUCGGUAGUGAGGGCCUCAAAAUUUACGACACGUUCAUAUUCUCUCGAGCACUAGACGACGAUGCCAAGAAGAUACAGCCGGUGUUAGACAAAUUUCAAGCACACUUUGAGCCCAGACGUAGUGAGGUAUUUGAACGUUUCAAGUUUCUAAGACGCCAUCAGCUUCCAGGAGAAACUUUGGACACGUGGUUAAUUCAACUAAAAAGCCUGAUACAGUCGUGUGGUUAUCCAGCUGAUGCCAUUGAGUCGGUGUUACGUGAUCAACUCAUGCUAGGAAUCAACUCACGAUCAUCAAUACUCCGUCUGCAACUGAGUCAACACACGCGGAUCGAAGCUUCGACCGGAGGCCCUCCAGUAUGCCAGAUUAUUGCCCGUCUACAAGGCGGCAGCAGCCCACAUCGACAAAUCAAACCUUGCCGUCAACUCAACCUCAUCCAGACAAUCAGCAAGGGAGAUGCAAGGCCACCGCAGCAGCCAGCACGUCAAACGCCGCCAGCAACAACAGGCAGGGUGCAUGCGUUGGAAGAAGAGUAUCAGUGGAUUGGCAACGUUGAACAAGGAGGUACCGCAAUGUCUCUUCCGAGGUCUGUUGAUGAUGAUUAUUUUGUGAAUCACAUGUUGCGUUCGUCCAGUGGUGGGACCGAGUGGCACCAACAGCUGUCGCUAGAUGGCGUCGACGUAAACUUCAAACUUGACUCUGGCGCCACCUGCAAUUUUUUUCCUCAUGAAUUCUUUCUCGGUAUGCCCCGUCAACAUCUUCGUCCAGGGCCUAUUGUUCGAAACUAUGGCCCACAAAACGGUCUGUUAAAAGUUCUAGGCCGACACACCGCUCAAAUAGUUCAUCGUGGUACUAAAGUGGUGGUUGACUUUGUGGUUGUUGACGAGCCUGGGCAGCCACCUAACCAAGGCCUGCCAUCUUGUGAAAAACUUAAUCGCAUUCGCCGAGUUGAUGCCCUUCAGUCGAUUCCCGUCACCCAACCUCAUCCAAUAGUGGUGAAUUAUAUGUGCGGCCAGCCGCCUGCCUUUUUGCCUCGAAGAUCGUGUGAACUUGAUGAAAUGAAGGAUGCGGGCAUCACACCUGUUCACGAACCCAUUGAGUGGGCCAGCCGGAUUAUGGUGGUGGGAAAGCCGGAUGGUGACGUGCGUAUUUGUCUGGACCCGUCGGAAUUGAACAAAGCAGUCCAGCGACAACACUUCUCAGUACCUACCAUCGAACAACUCUUUGCAAAAAUCGGUAAGGCCCGAUACUCCUGCAGCCUUCAUGCCGCCUCAGGCUUUUACCAAAUACCAUUGUCUACUGCAGCGUCCUACCUCUGUACGAUGGCGACACCUAGGGGCCGGUACCGGUACCUUCGCCUGCCGUUUGGACUGAAGUCAGCCCCGGAAGUCUACCUUCAAACCAUGUUUGAUCUAUUUGGAGAUCUGCCAGGUGUUCUCAUUUACUUUGAUGACUUCCUCAUCACCGGAGAAACACAGGAGAAGCUGCACGCAAAUCUCGAAAAAGUAUUCCUAUGUUGCCGUCUUCACAACUUCAAACUUCAGUUAAAGAAAUGUCGGUUCUUCCUCCAGGAACUUCCGUGGCUUGGUCACGUCAUAGGACAGGGGACUCUCACACUGGAUCCCAACAAAGUCAGCGCAAUGCUAGAAAUGCCAGAUCCCGACACUCCUGCUGACCUUGUACUUGAACUCACCAGACCACUUCGUGACCUACUAAAAGCCGACGCCGCGUGGAUCUGGGAGGAGCCUCAAAAGUUGGCAUUCGCCACACUGAAAAAUGCCCUAGCGUCUAUACCUGUCUUACGUCUCUUUGAUCAUUCUCAGGAUGUUGUCGUUUCGGUGGAUGCGUCCCCCAUUGGCAUUAGAGCCGUGUUGCUGCAGAACGGAGCUCUUGCGAUUCAAUUUGGUCUACUGCAAUUUAAACAGUACGUGUACGGCCAGACAGUGGUGGCUGAAACGGACCACAAGCCGCUGGUUGGCCUCUUGGAAAAACUAAUCGCAUCUUUUUCGCCCAGAAUCCAGCGGAUGCGUCUCCAGUUGCAACAGUUCGACUUCAAGUUGGUUUACAAGCCGGGCAAGGAUCUCUUCAUUGCUGACACACUCAGUAGGGGGCCGUCACCCAACUUAUUUAAUGAUAACGUCACUCAGGGGUGUGAAGAGCAAGUUCAUGCAGUGCUCGACCUAGUCAUCCCGAAAGCAUCCACUAGAGAAAAAUUUGCAGCUGCAAAGAUUGCGGAUCCUACGCUUUGUCUCGUCAAAGAGAUCCUGUCAAAAGACGGACUACUUCUGUAUGGCAAUCGACUAGUAGUUCCAGUAUCUCUCCGUCCCGAAGUCAUGGAGGGGACUCACGAUGGACACUUUGGUGAACUGAAAUGCAUUCUGAGAGCCAAAUCAGCUGUGUAUUGGCCAGGAUGCGAUGACCAAAUCCGAAACAUGGUUGCUGGCUGCAUCACAUGCCAAACACAUCGCCAUCGAAAUCCUUCACCGCCGCUUCGUCCUGUGCCGCUGCCUUCACACGCAUUCCAAUAUGUGUCGGGAGACAUAUUCACCUUUGAAAGUGUCAACUAUCUGCUCGUUGUUGACGCAUACAGCAAGUGGCCGUCUUGUGUGCCUCUCCGUUCGCUGACAUCCUCCUCCAUCAUCGCGGAGGUUGCGCGUGUGUUCUCUGAUUUCGGCACCCCGGAAGUGUUCAUGUCAGAUAACGGUUCUCAAUUUGACUGUGCAGAGUUUCGUGCUUUCUGUGAUCGGCGCAACAUCCGUGCGGUGUCAUCCAGCCCCACUUACGUUCAAUCCAAUGGGCUCGUCGAGCUUCAUAUCCAGACUGUAAAGCGUACCAUCCUCAAAAUGUUUGCAUCCGGCAAAACGCUUUGGGAAGCUUUAGCAACCAUUCGGUCCACUCCAGUAUCAAAUAGUCUUCCGUCGCCGUCAGUCCUCUUGCAAGGUCGUCAUCUGCGUGGAAAUCUUGCGUUUUUACCCGAUCAACUUACUCCGCAGCAUGUCCCAGCGUCUUGCGUUCAAGCUCAGCUACAACGUAGACAGGAAAUGGCCUGCUUUCAACACGGAGGCCGCCUUGAUGUCCGGGGAUCAGCACUCAGAGUCGGACAGAGCGUCAGAGUACUCAUCAGUGGUUUGUGGAUACCUGGAACCAUCGAAUCCGUCUGUACAGUGCCGGGCUCUUAUGUUGUUCGUUUGGCUGAUGGUCGUGUAUUUCGUCGCACACGCCGUGAUAUAAAUAUCGAAAAUUCGUCCAGCACAUCAAGCACAGCCCGUGCAGUGGUUGCCGUUCCCAUCAAUUCGUUCAGCGCAUCAAGCACAGCCCGUGCAGUGGCUGCCGGUCCCAUCCAUUCGUCCAGCGCAUCAAGCAAAGCCCGUGCAGUGGCUGCCGGUCCCAUCCUUUCAAAAUUAGUGUGGCAUCCGCCCCUCACUCAACCGAUCCGCCCGGAGGUUCCUCUCAUCAUUCCGUCAACAUCACAAGCGACAGAACCAACCCUUCCAAAUCCUACAACAGGGCCGAAUCAUCGUGGUCAGCCGUCCAAAACUACACCACCUACGCUUUCCCAGCAGCAGGUGAUUCCUCCGGAAGCAGUGGUUAUUCGGCAAGGAUCUACUCGUUCCGGUCGCCCAUACUUGAAGUCAUAA